GUAACUCAGUGAUCGGAGGCGGAUCGCUUUGUGGAGAUGUGAAAAGUUGGAUUGCGGAUGAUGUGUUGGUUGCGACGGGAAGAACAGCGAGAAAAGGUAAAAUGUCUGGUCCAUUCCCGUGGCUCUCGUCUUCUAUUGCAAACGAAUAUGCUCUGACUAUUUGCUCUCCAUACUCCGAACUCCUCAGUAGACCUCAGGCAACUCCUUCUCUUCUUUCGUCUUCACUUAAUGGACGAACUGGCAAUAGAGGUCCAUGGCAAGCAUGCAGAGAUCAUCGCAAGAAGAAACGAGAGAGCUCUGCUAUCAAACUCGCUUCUGAAAAGAAGAUGGGUAUCUACUUGUCUCCGUCGUCAAGCAGUUGUACAUCAGUUGAAGACAACAAACGGAAAUUUUCACCUGGUGUUCAGUAUCAUGUUGCCAUCAAGACGUCAAGUUCUUCUGCUGAAGAUGUUGUAGCUUGUGUGUGGCUAUCGAUGACCGGAACGUGUGGCCGUCUCAGGAACGUCUAUCUAACACUGGGGAGGAUAGCAGUUGUGAAGGGUGGCAGCGUGACGGCACGAAAUGCGUGGUGUUUUAGACGUGGAACAAUUGAAGUCUUUACUAUCUCAGACUUUGACAUUGGGAAAAUCAUUAAGAUAUCAUUACAGCAUAAGGUGGUUGAGGGUGGUGAUUGGUCUAUUGAUGAGGUGCGUGUUGUUCAUAGUGGAAUAGGUACGACUUAUAAGUUCAAUGUGAGAAGUCAAGACACAGAUGAACAGAUGAGGGACAAGUUGAUGAGGCAUUCAUGGGACAAAUCUAGUAGAGGAUCAAGUUUAGAGAGUCAAACGAAGGAUAAAGACAGUCAAACAGAUAUUGUUCCUCAAGCUAAGGAUGUCAUCUAUGAGAUACGCGUACAUACUGGAAAUGUAAGAGGAGGAGGCACUACAGCUAAUGUUUUUAUGACUCUUACUGGUGACAAAUGUACAACACCACAUCUGAAACUAAGAAACGAACUUACAGGUAACUUUAUACGUGGCUCCACUUCUCUAUUCAAGAUGAAGUCAAUGUCAUUAGGAAAUCUGCAACAAAUCAGGAUCGAACAUGAUGACUCAGGAACAUCUCCAUCGUGGUUUCUAGAUCAUGUGUCUGUGCGUGAGGUCAGGGACAAGAAUAAUGACAGUUUAAUGUAUUUUCCAUGUGGCAUGUGGUUUGACUCGACAGUGGGAGACAAACGUGUUGUGAGAAGCAUUGCAGCUGUCAGACAACUACCAUUCAAAGAAACAUCUGGUUUCCAAAGCUAUGUCGUUACAACUGUGACUGGCACAGAGAGAGGAGCGGGUACAACGGCUGUGGUGUAUGCGACGCUCCACGGAAGUAUUGCCACGUCACGUGAAUGCAUUCUUGACAGCUCAAGACAAAAUUUUUCACCCGGGAGGAAAGACAGUUUCACAGUAACCGUGAUGCGAGAUUUGGGUGAAAUCUUGGCUGUUCAGAUUCGUCAUGAUAACUCUGGAUCAAGUCCAAACUGGUCACUCAAGAAGGUGUUUGCACAGUUUUUGUAUUGGCUUUCUGUACUGGAUGUUUGUCGAAUGCUAUCAUACGAAUUUCCAUGUCAGAGUUGGCUCUCAAACAAGCUUCCCGGUUGUAGCUCUUCCAUCACACUUACACAAUACAAAAAGUCUCUCAGAAAUGUAGAAACUCAAACACCUUUACCACACACUUUCCCAGCUGAACACGACACAACAACAAACACUCACUCACAUCACAAAGUCCUGGAUGUUCCAAUUAAUGCAGUGAGAGAAGAAAGGUCAACCAACAUGCAGCAAACCUUCUCACCCAGACCUCCCACAGCUAAGAGACGACAGAAGCAACAACGUGGGAAGUUUUCCAUAUUGAAUUGUGAGACAAUACGCAAGCAGGAGUCUAAAUCCAGUGUGACAGACAGGAAGCCUACAGAAACUAUCACAUCCACACCAAGGCAAAUGAUACCUACCGAGCAUCAAGAAUCAGGGAUGGUGUUGGAUGAGAGUAUGAGAGAAGAAGAAGAAGAUUCUCAGAAGAGCAAUUUUGAGACAAAAGAGUGUGAAGUGGUAUUGGAAAGUGGCAAUAAGGCAGACGCUCCAAGAAAAUCAAGUAGCUCAUCAACAGCAAGUACAAUCAGUGAAGCAUUACAGUCGUCAGAUGCACAAGAUGACAACAACCAGUCUCUUGAUAACCUGGCUGUUUCAACAGGUGACAUUGCUACUUUGGAUAGUCACGUGAAUAUCUCAAACAAAGAUGCUGCAGAAGAUGUCACAGUUGACCAAGACAAUCACGUGAUCACUUCAAAGGAUCAUGCAGCAUCUUCUGAUGAUCAAGUCAGUGACAUGACAACACAAGAAGAACAACGAGAACAAGAGAAAGAUCAACAACAACAACAAAAACAACAACAACAGCAACAAUAUCAGCAAAGACAAGAACAAGACAAACAAGAACAAGUGGGACCAGAGCAAGACAAACAAGAACAAGUGGGACAAAAACAAGAACAAGUGGGACAAGAACAAGGAGAGCAAGAGCAUCGAACUGAGGUAGGAGAACAACAUUUUUAUGCAUAUUCAAAUCAAACAGUUGCAGAUCACUUGACCAAUCACAGUAAAACAGAUCUGGGUGACAUUUCUCUUGAUGAGCCACAAACGAAGCAAGAAGCAACAAACGGAGACCACAAUGUGUUGAGUACUGACAAGUCUGGCCAUCUGUUAAUAGACAGAGAUAGCAACAAUGCACUAGACAACAGCGGAGACUCAAAAUAUAUUGACUCUGUGUCUGCACGUGAACCUUAUGAUGAUGUUAGCAGUCACGUGACCCAAGCAUCAGACAAUGUAGACUCUCAAUCAAGUGACUAUGCACAGUCAGCGGAUGAAAUCACUGGUAAGGCUGCAGAUGCUGUACGCAGCAGCAAGUCAGAACGUUUGUCUUCUAUGGAACCAAUUAAAGAGGAAACAUCGCCCUCUACUGAAGCAUCUGUGAAUAAAGACGUUGAUGUGAAACAGGAUACCUCAUCUACACAGUCGUUCAAUGAGAAUGAAGAUGCUCUGUCUUCUUCGUCAUCAGACAUUGAGCUGAAGGCAUUGGCGGAAGAAGACGAGCAUGAAGGUACACAAUCUUUGUCUGAGCUAGCAGAAGAAGCAAUGGGUGACGGCAUUAACCAUGAAGAUGAUGGGCCACAGCACUAUGAAGUGACUGUUUAUACCACAGAUAUAGUUCACGGAGGAACUAGUGCUAACGUAUUUGCUGAUCUUUAUGGAUCUAAUAAAGUAAACACAGGGCCUUUGCCUCUUUCCAAACCAAACUCAAAUUGCUUCAGUCGUGGAUCAGUGGAUGCGUUUGUUGUUGAGACUCCUUUUCUUGGCUCGUUUAUAGACAAAGUGCGUAUCAGUCAUGACAACAGUGGCUUCACCUCUGCAUGGCAUGUAGACAAAGUCGAGCUAUGUCGUGUUGUUACUGAGAAGAAUGCAGAUGGGGUGGAUCAGUGGAGGUCUGUUGACAAGAUAGUAACGUAUCCAUGCAAUCAGUGGCUAUCCAGGAGCAACGAUGAUGGGGAAAUUGUGAGGGAGUUGGUGCCAAUGAUCACAGCAAAUGAACAUAAAGCAGUGACAAGGCAGGACACGCUUUCACUGAAGAACUACAAUGUCUAUGUCUUCACUGGCAACGUCAUGUUUGCAGGAACUAAUGCUAACAUUUAUGUUACAAUUUAUGGUUCAAAGGGUGAUACAGGAGAGAGACAACUUCGAUCAUCUGAAACUCACAAAGAUAAAUUUGAACGAGACCAUGUGGACGUUUUCAAUCUUUCGGCUGCAGACCUGGGGAAAAUAUCUCGGCUAAAGGUGCGGAGAGACAAAGGUCUGUUGGGAUCAGAUUAUUAUCUGGAGAAGGUGGAGGUGGUGGACGUAUUGGAUGGGAGGAAUACAGUGUUUAUGUGUCAGCAGUGGCUGUCUGAUGAGCAGAGCAACGGAGGUUUGUUGGAAAGGGAGUUUAUGGCUUUGGAGCCAGAAAAGUUGAAGACAAGGUCGACUGGAAGAGUGCCAUCUAGGCAAGGCACCAACUACAAAAUCACAGUCAAGACAGGCGACAUACGUUACGCUGGCACAUCAGCCAACAUUUUCCUAACACUUUUUGGAGAAGACAACUCAUCUGACGAGCUCCAUCUUCAACAGUCACUUACAAGCGACAACACAUUUGAGCGCAACCAAAUAGACAUUUUCGUAUUUGACAUUCCUUUCAAUCUUGGGCCUCUGAACUUGAUUAAAAUUUGGCAUGACAAUAAAGGAUUUGGAUCAUCGUGGUUUCUUGAGUCUGUGCAAGUGUGUGACGAGUCAACAGGGAACGUUUAUGACUUUCCAUGUCACGGUUGGUUGGCAAGAGACAAAGGAGAUGGCAAAACAUUAAGAGAGUUAACAUGUUCAACUGUGAGGUCUGAAUGGGAAAGCACGAGUGGAAAGGAGACAGAUGUGAUGUUGCCAGAUAAGUCAAAGUCACAGAGGUUGAAAGAGAGGUGGAUAUGGAGUAUGUUUCAAAUGGCAAGCCAAGGAAACAAAGGCUUUGUGACUGAACCUGAAAUGAUUAAACUGUGUCGUAAGCUAAACAUUGCUGUGCCAACAAACACGAUUAAAGAUCGAUUCAAAGAAGUUGCCGGUAAUGGAGGAAAGUCAACUUGUAGUCAGGUUGAUUAUCAACAGUUUAAGAAGUGUUUUAAGGGAUUGGUUGGCAGACCUGAAGUAUUGUUGUUGUUUAACAGGUAUUCAAGCAACAGACAAUGGUUGACUGCUGAUGAGCUGUUGUUAUUCCUCUCGACUGAACAAGAGGUUGCAAGUCCAUCCAUAGAAUUCUGUGAAGGUGUUAUCAAACAUUAUGGAGAAACCACAGAUGAUAGACAUGCAAAAAUGCUGACACUGGAAGCUUUUACUCAGUAUUUGUUGAGCGCUGAGAAUGGCAUAUUUAAUACUAUUCAUACAGCGGUCUACCAGGACAUGACACAACCUCUCACACACUAUUAUAUUGCAUCAUCACACAACACGUACUUGAUGGAGCACCAACUGAAAGGUAAAUCGAGUGAAGAGGGUUAUGCUCGAGCUCUACGAAAAGGAUGCAGAUGUGUAGAAAUUGAUUGUUGGGAUGGAGAGGAUGGAGAACCAGAUGUUUAUCAUGGCUACACACUAACAAGUCGGAUCUCACUAAAGUCUGUUCUUGAAACCAUCCACAGACAUGCGUUUGAUGUAUCAGAUUUUCCUGUCAUUUUGUCAUUCGAGAAUCAUUGCUCAGAAAAAGGACAUAAAAAGAUAGCAGCAUAUCUUCAGGAGACAUUUGGAGAGAUGCUGUAUGUAAUGCCAGUUGAUAAGACUAAAGGCUGCUUGCCAUCUCCUGAUGAUCUUAAAGGAAAGAUUAUUAUCAAGCACAAGAAAUUAGAAGAGAGUGAAGAGCAAGACAACACCAUGGAAGAAGAAACAGAAGAAAUACUGUCAGACAGUGAUGAAUUUUCCGAUGGAGAUACAGACAUCGUUCCACCACCCACCCAACUACGACACUCUCGCUCUCAGUCUCGCAUUGAACGUUCGAGUUCAAUGCAUCGUGCAUCAUCUCCUGGAGGACGAUCAAUGACCAGCAGCUUUUCUGAUGUUAAAAAGGCAAACAAAGUGAAGCAUAAAAUUGCUGUUGAGUUGUCUCGAUUGGUAAACAUCGUGGAGGCAGUAAAAUAUCACUCACUGUCAAGAGGCAAUUUUUGGCAAAUGUCGUCUCUUGGGGAAGCAAAGCUGUUCAAAUUGAUCAACAGUUGUCCUCAACAACUUGUAGAAUACAAUCGUCAUCAGAUGAUGAGAGUCUAUCCGGCAGGCAGACGAGUUGAUUCGAGCAAUUACAAUCCUAUAGAUCCUUGGUUGUGUGGCUGCUCUAUGGUGGCAUUGAAUUAUCAAUUUCCUGGAAAGAUGAUGGACAUAAAUCAAGGUUUAUUCCAACAGAAUGGGUUUAGUGGAUACAUAUUAAAGCCAACAGUUUUACGAGGAGGUGAACACGAGUUUAAUCCAUUUAGUGACGAUCCUGUACCACAUAGUGAACCAAAAUUAUUGAUAAUCAAAAUUAUUAGUGGCCAACAGUUACCAAAGCCCGGUGGUUCUUCAACAGACAAGGAAGUUGAUCCAUCAGUGGUUGUUGAAACAAUCGGUCUAGUGUGUGACAGAAGUGAAGAAAGAACUCGAGUCAUACCGGGAAAUGGUUUCAAUCCCUUGUGGGAAGAGAAGUUUGUGUUUCCUGUUCACUUUCCUGACAUGGCGCUGAUUCGUCUGCUGGUCAUCAGUGGUAGUGGAAAAGCAACAAACAACGUUAUUGGGCAAUACACACUGCCAUUCAACAGCAUCCAGCCAGGCUACCGUCACGUGCCGCUGUUGUCAGUUGCGGGACAUAUACUGCCAAAUGCCACACUAUUUGUGCAUGUGACGAUUGGAGGAGGAUUAGUAGUGAAGAAAGAAUCGUUCAGCAGAGGCAGUUUGUCAAAGAGUGCCAGUAUGAGGAGUCGGACAAGUGUUUUUAGCACUGGUUCUAAGAAGCAGUCACGAGAAUAUGUCAAGUUGAAGAAGAUUGGCAUUGCACGAUUAGAUGGAUUGUUUCAGGCAGCAGAAUAUCUUCUUGUCAAAUGUACAGACCUGCAAGAAGACGCUGACUUGGCAUUGAAUGAGUUUCAAGUCAAGACGGGCUCAUCACAAUGUAAUGGCUUUGCUGAGGCAGCCUGCCAUUUUGUUGAAAGUUAUUCGCAAUAUGGAUUUACUAUUGAGACACAAGACAAGACGCCAAUACUAAGAUCUCUGGAAUCUUCUCUUCCAUUUGAUGCAGCAACACUGAAAGUUCUUUUUCAGCGGGUUGUUGCAGAAGCUAAAGCUCUUGUAGCUCAUGGUCACCAGCUUGCAGAUGAGAUAAUGCGGGUACACGAGACAGGCAGCAAGCUAACGAUCACUGUUGAGUUAAAACAAUCUGGACUAAAGGACAAAGGAUUAUCAAAAGCAUUGGAAAGCUUUGCAUGGAACAUGCAGAUGUUGAAAGACACAGCAGAUAUCAUUAAGUCUGCAACGAAUCGCUGGAUGUCCGAGUUAGACAAGCUGAAUAACACAAGUGCCAAUCAAAUAAACGAGAAAGUAACACUAUAAUAUGGUAUUCUAUUUCUAUGGCAAAUGAAAUGAGAUGUUAGAGUGUUGAAGGUUGGGAUUAUAUUUUAUUGCAAAUAAAUUAAGAGGUAUUUAUGCA